AUGAUGUAUCCAAAUCCUUAUUACUUACUUUUGCUCGUCCUACUCCUGUCGAUCCUACCCUCGCUAAAGGCGGAUCCGCUUGCGUCACUGGCGUCCUACUCUCCCACGGACAACAAUAUCACCAAUAUCGUUCCCCGUUCAACCAAUGUAGAUGCACCUGUGGGGCCGACAUUACGGAACGUUCUGGAUCUGCAUGAAAAUACUCCCUCAUCCUCAUCCUCCUCGUCUGUCGACGAUCCGGAUUCCGUUAGCACCGGUAACCAUCUGCAAUCACCCAAGGCGGCCACGUCAGGACCCACAUUGCGGAGCCUCCUAUUUUUGCGCGGAAAUCUCUUCAAUCAGGCCUUCGGCCAAUCAGCAACCACCACUUUGUCCUCCAGCAGGGUCGGUACUGCUGAUGGUGGUGUUACCGGUGGUGCUGCUAACGGUGGUGCAGUCGCUGCUGGUGCUAGUACUGUUGAAGGUGACAGAAAAGGGCCUAGCAGUGACGGUGUCAGGGAUCAACCUGACAAUGCUUCAGAGGGCAGAACGGCGGAGGUAUCUGAGGAGGAUGGGGAGGGGGAGGGGGAGUCAGGUGGAGACAGGAAGGAGGCGGAAGACGACAAAGUCAACACUGGAGACAGGGUAGAACAGGAGGGGGAUGGGGGCGGGAAGGAGGCGGAAGAGGGAGGUGAAGAAAGUUCAGCAGAGGGGGGAGAAGAGGAGGAGGAAUCUACACCACUGGCCGACACUCCUGAGAAGCUGGAACGGUGGUUCAAAUCUUGGCGGGAAAACGCCAGCGCGGUUCUACCACCAGCCUUUAGAGACGCCUCUACUAUGGAGGUACUGGAGCUAGACGAUUGGCCACCCGUCCCCGUGCCUUUGCCGAACCUAGGGGUGGACGUUCGUGUGGAUCCGAGCCUGGAUCCGAACGCCUGGCGCCCGUUUCAUGUUAAGGGAACUCCGCGUAUAAUCACAGUUUUUUCAGCCGAAUGCUCCACUUACAUGGACUGGCAGUCAGUCGCGAUGGCUUAUAGCUUCAAACGGUCAGGCCAGCCAGGGAAGCUUGUGCGGCUUCUGGCUUGUAACGAGGAUGCGCUUAAGGGGUACAGAGGGCUAGAUAUUGCUCCGACAAUGGUGGUCCCUAAUUGGAGCCGCGGCCCUAGAACGGGUGACUGGUACCCUGCGAUUAAUAAGCCAGUGGGGGUGAAAUAUUGGCUGGACAACAGUCCUGACGCAAAUGACGUCGAGUGGGUGCUUAUAAUGGACGCGGAUCAGCUUAUAAGGAGGCCGGUGCUGCCCUGGGAGCUGGGGGCGGAGCGAGGCCACCCAGUCUCAGCGAAUUACGGGUACCUCAAGGGGUGUGACAACAGCUUCGGCGAGCUGCACAUGAACAACGCCACUUCUCAUCUCUCUCACUGCUACCUCAAGGGGUGUGACAACAGCUUUGGUGAGCUGCACAUGAACAACGCCACGUAUUGUGACAAGGUGAGCUCCUCCUCUUUCCCUCCUCUUUCCCUUCUCUUUCCCUCCUCUUUCCCUCGUCCUUCCCUCCUCCUUCCAUCCUCCUUCCCUCCUCUUUCCCUCCUCCUUCCGUCCUCCUUCCCUCCUCCUUCCCUCCUCUUUCCCUCCUCCUUCCCUCCUCCUUCCCUCAUCUUUCCCGCCUCCUUCCCUCCUCUUUCCCUCCUCCUUCCCUCCUCUUUCCCUCCUCUUCCCUCUCUUUCUCUCCUCUUCCCACACCCAACCACGCGCACACACAUUCUCGUUCUCCUACUUUUCUCUCUCUGUCCCACAACCCAGCCACACACCCACGCACAGGGGUGGGGGGUGGGCGGGUACAUAGUGAUUCACGUGGAGGACCUGAGGCGCCUGGCGCCCAUCUGGAGCGCCAAGAGCGAGGAGGUGCGGGCAGACGUGGAGCACUACACCAUCAACGCCACGGGGGACGUUCACGGGCAGCGGUGGAUUAGCGAGAUGUACGGCUACUCCUUCGGGUCAUCUGAUGUGAGUCCUGGAAUCUCAUUUAGUAUCACUACAUACAUCUCUGUGUGUGGUUUGAACUACACUGUGAACGCCAUGGGGGACAUGCACGGGCAGCGGUGGAUCAGCGAGAGUCUGACAUCGCUAUGGGCAUCUUGUGUGGGUUUAAAGCUCAUCAUGAUAGAAAGUGCAAUGCUUUACCUGGGCCAACCGGCCUAUCCUUGCCGUCACUUCAUCCCGUCCCUCUCAUAUCCACUGUCUCUCCUCCGCCUUCUUUCCCUCUCCCAGGUGGGCCUAAAGCACAUUAUGAUAGACAGCGCCAUGCUUUACCCAGGCUACGACCCUCCUAAAGGGGUCGAUCCACGAAUGAUUCAUUACGGGUUAGAGCUCAAGGUAUUAGAUUGGCAAUGGGACAAAUCGGCCUACUAUCGCCAAGACAUGGUCAACACCUGCGGGCAGCAUUUCCCCGACCCGCCGGAAAUUUCCGCGCUGCCCGGAAACCAGACGUACGAGGAGAGGCGGCGGGAUUUUAUCGUGAUAGAGUGUAUGGCGGUGCUGAACCGGGCUUUAAGGGAGUUUCACAGGUUGAAGAGGGGGUGUUUGGUGGAGUGGGAGAGGGAUGUGGGGAUAAUGGAUUUGGGUGGGGCCUCCCCUACAGUAACGGGCGAAUUGAGGGCCAAUGUCUGGGCUAGGGAGAGAGGGAGUGGGAAAGAGAGCGAAGGAGAGGGUGAGGGAGGGCGUCAGGGAGGGAGUGAGGGAGUGAGUGAGAAAGGGGUUGAGGGUGGAAGUGGGAGUGUGAGUGGGGGUGGGAAAGAGGGGGGCACUGUGAAAGGAGGGGCUAGAAAGGGGAUUAGAGUGCAGGGUGACUAUGUUGUGGAUGUGACUGAAAUGAAGGAACGAGCAGGGCUGGAAAGGGGUUUCCUAGUGGUGAGAGAACCGAGAGAGGGAGAACGGUUUAGGAAAUUAAGAGUGCGAGGUGGUGCUGGGAAGGAGGGGAAUAUUCCUUCCGAUGAAGACAGUGUUGCCUAUGCUGAUUCAGCCACAAACGAGGAUGAAGAACUACCAGAGCAAGCAAUCCCACGCCAUACCCGUAUCACGCUUCCCAUCUCCCCUUCUCGAUUCGCACGCACGCAUCGGUACCGUACAUAG